GUGUCCUUGUUGGAAACCCAGGCUAUUUCAAACGGACUUUAUUUAAUUGCUGAAAGACUGACCAUUCCACCUGAGAGCUCAGUUUCUCGUUACUUCUGAGCGACACGAGACAGGACCAUCAUGAGCAGAAGAACACGACGCUGGAUUUUGCACAUUUUCCUUUGUCUCGGAAUAAUCUACUUGAAAAUGGGGCGGUUCUCCACCGUGCUGGCGCUGGGAGCGAGCAUCAUAUGCAACAAGAUCCCCGGCCUGGCGCCCCGGCAGCGCAUCAUCUGUCAGAGCCGGCCGGACGCGCUCAUCGUGAUCGGUCAGGGCGCGCAGAUGGGCAUCAACGAGUGCCAGUUCCAGUUCAAGCACGGCCGCUGGAACUGCUCCGCGCUCGGCGAGAGGACCGUCUUCGGGAAAGAGCUGAAAGUGGGCAGUAAAGAGGCAGCGUUCACGUACGCCAUCAUCGCAGCAGGAGUGGCUCAUGCCAUCACAGCCGCCUGCACGCAGGGAAACCUCAGCGACUGCAGCUGCGACAAAGACAAGCAGGGCUUCCACGGUCACGCCGACGGCUGGAAAUGGGGCGGCUGCUCAGCAGACAUCCACUACGGCCUGGGCUUCUCCAAAGUCUUUAUGGAUGCUAGAGAGAUCAAACACAGCGCCAGGACUCUUAUGAAUCUGCAUAACAACGAAGUUGGACGAAAGGUCCUGGAGAGGAACAUGCGUCUGGAGUGUAAAUGUCAUGGUGUGUCUGGAUCCUGCACCACCAGAACCUGCUGGAUGACCCUCCCCAAGUUUCGCGAGCUCGGCUACAUCCUCAAAGACAAAUACAGCCAUGCAAUCCACGUGGAGCCGGUCAAAGCCACGCGCCACAAACGCCCCACUUUCCUCAAGAUCAAAAAGCCCUACUCGUACCGCAAGCCCAUGGACACGGAUCUGGUGUACAUCGAGAAAUCGCCCAACUACUGCGAGGCGGACCCUGUGACGGGCAGCGUGGGCACUCAGGGCCGGGUGUGCAAUAAGACGCUGGUGCACCAUCCCAACGGCUGCGACCUGAUGUGCUGCGGCCGCGGAUACAACACACACCAGUAUUCACGCGUCUGGCAGUGCAACUGCAAGUUCUUCUGGUGCUGCUAUGUCAAAUGCAACACUUGUAGCGAGAGGACAGAGGUGUACACAUGCAAAUGAGCGAUGCUUAUGGAAAAGGUAAGGGCCUUUCAUCCUGACAUUAAAAGAUGACUCAAUCAGGUGGCAUUUGUUCUUUUGCACAAGACCUUACUUCAGACUCACUUUCAUGGAAGAUCAUCAAGAGUGUCAAAGCUUUACUCUGGAGAAGGAACAUGGAACUAAAAGUGUAAAUGACUGUACCUUUGAUGCCACACAGCUUUCCUUGCUUUCUCCGAUAAAUCCUGAAGCUGUCUGGAUUCAAAUAAGGCUCUCUGUAAAACCCAUAACAACUACCUGCACCUUGACUUUACCAAUGUAGCUACUGAAACAAGGACGUCUUGCAGGCAUGCAGCGUAAUGUGCAGAGAUACUGACAAAUAGAGCAAAACAGCAAGGUUCCAGAAGUAGAGGAGAGUACUUUCUCAUCAUUUUUUGCUUCAAAUCAACCCAGGCGGAAAAAAAAAGUGCACUUCUAUAAUGUACUAAAAGUGCUGUAUUUUCACACACUAAUUUUGUACUUAAUAUUCGGUUACUCUUUAUUUUAAGGUGUCCUUGUUACAGUGUAAUUAUACCUUUAAGUACUGAGUAAUAUUAAUUAACUACAUGUUCUUACUAUAUCGUUAGGGUUUUUAGGGUUUGGCUUAGGGUUACUUGCAUGUAAUUAUGCGUAAUUAAUUGUUAUUAUAAUAGAAAGUGCAUGUAACAUGUAACAAGGACACCUUAAAAUAAAGUGUUACCAAUUAUUAUAAGAUAAUUUUAAGAAUAUCUAAGUGCACUCAACUGUGCUAUUUUGGGACACCAUGAAUAUGAAAUAAAAUGUGCUUUUAACAUACUUUCUCUGUAAAAAAAAAAAAAAAAAAGUAUUUAGAGACCACUUGUAGUACACUUGAACCCACUUGUGUAUGAAAGAUGGUGUCCCAAAAUAACACAGUUGAGUACACUUAGAUGUUCUUAAGAUUAUCUUAAGAAGUACUAAAGAAUAAUUUUUAGUAUGUUAAGUACAAAAUUAGUGCGUCAAAAUAGAGCACUUUAAGUACAUUAUGGAAGUGCACUUUUUUUCUCCUGGGAAAAAGUUGUUUUUUAAGUAAAUUCCUAUAGAGAAAAUGAAUAGGAAAAGCCUUCUGGAACCAAGGUUGCUGAUCGCUGUUGUGCUCUGUUGUUAAAUUCUUCCAAACAACUGAUUUUAUUUAUUUAUUAAAAACAAUGUUGUUAACUGUAAUUAAUGAGACACUGGAAAGAAAUAGUGGAUCUGCAUUUCUGUUCAUUAAUACACUGAGAUUUGUAUCUUCUGAAAGAAUAGCUUUUUUAGUUUACAAGACAAGAAGCAAUAUAUAUAUAUAUAUUAUUUUUUUUCUAUGAGAAAUUUCCUGUAUGCUGCUAGUCUGGAAUAAUCACAUUCGCUGUAAUAUUAUGAAACUACUGACCACAAGCUUUUUGUAACUGGUAAGUGAUGAAUCCAGAUGUAGAAUUUACACUGAAAUUGUAAAAUAUUGGUAAGAGAGUAUAUUUUGUAAAAGAAUAUUUUUAUAUGAAUGUUUUAUUUAUACUAUGUCAUUUCUGGACACCCAAUGCAUUCCGUUUGCAUUAUGCAAUAAUUGUAAUUUGUGGGUGACAAAGCUGGAAUGUGGAUGUUAAUUAUUAAAAUCAAGUUUAGAUCUCAUGCAAAAUUUUUAUAGUAGUGUUUGCUAGUGGUUUAGUGAUUUACUUGGGUUUAGUGAUUUAAACAAAGCGAUGGCAGACACAAAAAAAAAAAAAAAAAAGGCCAAAAAAUGGGAACUGAAUCAUAUCUAUUGACCAGAACAUUACACACAGGACGGUGGAGUGUUGUGUUUGGGCUCUUUUGAAUUGGGCCAGUAAGCAUCACUCAACGCCUCAGCAUCUGCACUGCUUUAGCAAACACAAAUCAC